GAGGGUUUUAGAGUGAGAGAUUGUAGAAAAUGGGAUCUUCUUCUGGGCAAAGUGGUUAUGAUCUGUCUUUCAAGAUCUUGUUGAUUGGAGAUUCUGGUGUUGGUAAAAGUAGUUUACUUCUCAGCUUCAUUUCUAGCUCUGUCGAAGAUCUUGCUCCCACCAUCGGUGUUGAUUUUAAGAUCAAACAGAUGAAAGUGAGAGGGAAAAGACUAAAACUUACAAUCUGGGACACAGCUGGACAAGAAAAGUUCAGGACAUUGACGAGUUCUUAUUUCAGAGGCUCCCAAGGAAUCAUUCUCGUUUAUGAUGUGACGAAAAGAGACACAUUUAUGAACUUAGCAGAUGUUUGGGCUAAAGAGAUUGAGCUAUAUUCGACUAACCAUGACUGCAUUAAGAUGCUUGUUGGCAACAAAGUUGAUAGAGAAUCUGAGAGGAAGGUUAGCCAGGAAGAAGGAAUGGCUCUAGCGAAAGACCUCAAGUGUUUGUUUCAUGAAUGUAGCGCAAGAACCAGAGAAAACGUGAACCGGUGCUUCGAAGAGCUUGCCGUGAAGAUUAUGGAGGUACCUAGUCUUUUGGAAGAAGGAUCAAGCUCUGUGAAGAGAAAACCGGAUUACCUAUCUCAUCAAGGCCGGUGUUGCAGCUCGUGAGUCACCUUGUUAAACCCAGGUCGGAGUAGCCUCUUUUGUGUGUAAAUUUCUCCAACAACUUAGCUUCUCUGUAAAUUUAUCAAUUCCUUGGAUCUUUCUUCUUCUUGUUCUUAUCUCGUGUUUACUUUGGGUCCGAUCCUAUAUCUUUGUCACAAAACACACUCAAAUGAUAGAGAUAAAUCUCAAAUUUCGAG